AUGUCAAGCUCUGCAGAGCUGCAACGCGAACGCGAGGUGCAGGGUUAUUUCCAGAGCUGGCAGAUAGCACAAGGCUCCUCUCUUAAAGUCGCUAGAAACGUCGACGGAAUCUCCGCGCCUUCUCAGGUCAAUGACGCACAUACGCCGCAGCCUUCUUCCGACAAGGCUCUGUCAGCCUUUGCGCAACUCGCCGUUUUUCGACUCAACGUGAAGCGUGCUAUGGUCUCGCUCAUCGACACUUCCCAUCAGUACAUCCUCGCCGAAGCCACGCGCAAUUUGCGACUCGGAACACUUGAAGACGAGUUUGGUGUUGAUAAAACCGACGGCAAUAAGAAAAAUCCCAAAAUUGACGAUUACAACAGCGACCUGUGGUUGGGAACUUCAAUUCUCUCCCGCUCGAAAGCUGUCUGUGAACACUGUCUACACAACACAUGCGUCGGUCGCGACCCAGAUGGCUCGACAUACAGAGCAGCUGGCCUUAUUAUACCCGAUUGUCGCCUCGAUGAUCGCUUCAAGUCACGCGUUUACGUACAAUCCGAACCAGGCGUAAGGUUUUACGCUGGCGUGCCCAUCUACUCACGCAAAGGAUAUAAGAUCGGAACGUACUCGGUUUCUGACGAACAACCGCGCUCUGGAUUAUCGACCGAGGAUGUAAAGUUCAUGCAGAGCGUUGCACAGGCUGUCACAGAGCACUUGGAAUGGGCUCGCGACCGCGUCGAUAGGUUCAAAGGAGAACGCAUCGUGCGUGGCCUGGCAACCUUCAUUGAGGGAUGCUCGAGCGACGACCCGACCGUCUCGAAGGACAAACAGCCCCGGAGACCUUCGAUAAAACGCCCCCCUGGGAUGACUAUUACGGCGACAAGGCGCUCAUCUCUCCACAACACCAUGCGCAAGGUCGACCCCGAUUCUGCCAAAAUGUCUCAAAAAGCUCCUUCGCCACCGCGGAAAGUCAAACCACAGACUGACGGAUUAUCGCGAAUGUAUAACCGGGCUGCUGACAACCUGCGAUCUUCGAUAUUGGCGGAUGGAGUCGUGCUCUUCGGCUCCACGGCUGCCAAUCUUCAACACAAGAGCCAAACAGUCGAGACGGAACACAGUAAUACCGCAGGCUCUGAUGGGCUACCAACACGGAUAGCAGCAGAUCCUGAUGGGUUCAGUACGGAAAGUUCGGACUCUGACACAUCCCCGCUGUCAAGACCAUGUAAGCUACUCGCCUACUCGCUGGCCGACAAGAGCAAGCCUUUGGACCUUGAGCAAGGGCCGUCUUUCUCCAUCGGAACUCUCGAGAGAUACUUCUCACUUUUCCCUAAGGGUAAGACGUUUACGUUCACAGAAGAAGGGAAAGGUGUUUCGUCUGAUGAUGAUAGUGCAAGCGAUGGGGGUGUUCUUGCAGAUACACCUGGCAAAGCUGGAAAACACAAACGACGCAAUAAGGAUCUGAUGGACCAUAGGGAACUACUUAAGAAUAUUCCCGGUGCCAAAUCCAUUGUCUUCCUGCCGCUUUUUGACUACGUUGAGGACAAACUGGUUGGCGGGUGCUUCCUUUGGACGUCAGUUCCAGGUCGCAUGAUGAACUUGGAUGAGGAUCUUUCUUAUCUUCGAGCUUUUGGUAACAGCAUCACAAGUCAGAUCGGGCGUAUCAACACCAAGAAGAACGAAGCGGCGAAAACCACCUUCAUUGCGAGCAUGAGCCAUGAGUUACGCAGCCCCUUGCACGGGAUCCUUGGCGCUGCUGAGUUUCUCAAGGAUGCAGUGACUGAUUCAUACGAGGCCGGCCUUGUUAACUCUAUCGCGACGUGUGGAAAGACACUCCUCGAUACCUUGAAUCAUGUGCUCGACUUCAGCAAAAUCAACAACCUCGGUAGCGGGCAGACAAGAAGAGGUUCAAAACACAGCAAGAUCAUUAGUCUCUCUUCCGAUUCUAUGGAAAGUUUAAACAUGACUGCGUCAGUCGACCUCUCCAUUCUUGUUGAGGAGGUUGUCGAUGCUGUGGCGACAGGUCACAACUUCAAGAAGCUUCCUAACCGACAAGGAAGCCAAGCAAGCGAUGCAAUGAUGGGUGGAACAGAUAAUAACAAUGUCUCAGAACCUAGUGGUGAGCAUCCAGUAUCAGUUCUUUUGGAUAUUUGCCCGAGGUCAUCUUGGAUGGUCAAGACACAGCCCGGCGCAGUUAGGAGGAUUAUUAUGAAUCUCUUUAACAAUGCACUAAAGUAUACCUUUUUGGGGUUUGUGUGCGUUACCGUUCGGGCCCAAGAGCUCACUGAAGAACGAAAGCUCGAGGUUUCGAUCCGGGUGACAGAUACUGGAAAGGGCAUGUCAGAAGACUUCCAGCAGAAUCGUCUUUUUGUUCCCUUUAGCCAAGAGGAUUCUUUCCAGCCUGGCACUGGUCUGGGGCUGAGUAUUGUCAAGCAGAUUGUGGACUCGCUGGGAGGAACACUUGAGGUCAAAUCGGAACAGGGCAAGGGUACUGAAAUUGAGGUCCGACUCCGUCUGGAACUUUCCACUGAAGAGAAUUCCUCUAAAUCAGAAGAGCCUCUGCGAUCAGUUCGGGAACAGCUUCAAGGGCAAUCCUUAGUAGUACUGGAAGCAAGCGAGGCUUUCCAUUCGAGUACCCUCACCGAGCAAGUAAAAGUGCGCAAUCAAGCUUUAAUGGAUAUUUUCUCAGGCUGGUUUGGUAUAACGGCUUCAAGGGAAAUCGAUACCAACCCCAGUGAGGCCGACUUUUAUCUGUACUGCGAGCCGCCAUCUGCCAAGACUCUGGAAUCGCGCUUCGAAGAGACAGCGACGUUAGGCCAGCGUAACAAAAAGACACCGAUCAUCAUUAUCAGCUUGAAUGAAGAGGAAGCUGCCAAGAUAUCAAGAGCUCAGACACAAGCUUUAGCCAGAUUGUCCGAUGUGGUUGAAGUAAUUCCACAGCCAUGUGGCCCGAGGAAACUUGCACAAGUAUUCAGUCGGUGCCUGAAAAGAAUCGAAGAGGGGAAAACUAAUAAUGGCGGCGAAAACCUGGUCAGAAGCAAAUACACAGACAAAAAGAACAAUAAGAAGGAGAAGAAAACCAGCACUGCAGAUAGGGAGAGUGCAGACCGUGCGAUGGAACAAAUGAACUCAGUACACUAUCCGACGGAGGAUAAGAAGACCGACCAACCAAGAACUACACCACUACCGCCACACGAGCAGAAAGACGACAGCAAGAAGGUUCAUCCCCACCGCAAGGAUAAGAACCAGAAAGAUGGACAGCCAGACGGUCAGAAAGACAGCAACAAAGAGGAGGAGGAUAGCAAGUCAACAAAUGAAGCACACAAAUCAGGGAAUUCAGAAACGUGGAAGGGAAAGUGUCAUGUGCUGCUCGUCGACGACAACAAAAUUAACCUCAACCUUCUUACGAUGUUCAUGAAGAAGUGCGGCUUCUCGUAUGAGGAGGCUGAUAACGGUGAGGAGGCGGUUGAGACGUUCAAGAAAUCAACAAUCGGCGAGGCAAAACCCUCUGACCCUAUCAAGAGGCGGUUCGAUUACAUCCUGAUGGAUAUCAGCAUGCCCGUCAUGAACGGCGUGGAGGCGACCAAGAGAAUUCGCAAGCUGGAGACUGAGUACAAAGUUCCUCGGACGACAGUGUUUGCGUUGACGGGCUUGGCGAGCGCAGAUGCGCGGCUUGAUGCCAUGACUGCUGGAGUUGAUUUGUUUUUACCGAAGCCCGUCAAGUUUGCUGAGCUGAAGACCAUGAUUGAUAACAACUAG